CGGGGAAGAUGGCGGCGGCGGUGGAGGAGGCGGCGGCGGCGGCGGCGGGGCGGCGCUGAGGAGGCCCGAGGCGGGCCGAGGAGUUGGCUGGGGCGGGCGGGCGGGGGCCCAUGUGUGGCAGCGGCCGCCCCCCCCCGCCCCCCACCACCACCACCGGCGGCGGCGGCGGCGGCCCGUUCGCAACCAGGCGCCGCUGAGGCGGCUCGGCGGGCGCAGAGCGAGCGGCGGCCCCGGCCCGGCCCGGCGGCGGCAGGAUGAAGUUCGCCGAGCACCUCGCGGCGCACAUCACCCCCGAGUGGCGGAAGCAGUACAUCCAGUAUGAGGCUUUGAAAGAGAUGCUAUAUGCAGCUGUGGACCAGGCUCCUUCUAUAGAAGACACAGAUGAGGACACAGUGAAAAGGUGUUUUGCCACAUUUGAAGAGAAGUUCUUCCAAACCUGUGAGAAAGAACUUGCCAAAAUCAACAUUUUCUAUUCAGAAAAGCUUGCAGAAGCUCAGCGCAGGUUUACUACUCUUCGGACUGAGUUACAGUCAACUUUGGAUGCACAGAAAGAAGCCAGUGGGGCUUCCACGCUACCGCGGCGCAGAAAGCCGGUCUUCCACCUGUCCCACGAAGAGCGUGUCCAGCAUAGGAAUAUCAAAGAUCUGAAACUGGCCUUCAGUGAGCUCUACCUCAGCCUCAUCUUACUGCAGAACUAUCAGAACCUGAACUUCACCGGCUUCCGCAAGAUCUUGAAGAAGCAUGACAAGAACCUGGAGACGGCGCGGGGGGCAGAAUGGCGGGUGGCCGAGGUGGAGGUGGCACCCUUCUACACCUGCAAGAAGAUCAACCAGCUUAUCUCGGAAACAGAGGAAGUGGUGACCAAUGAGUUAGAAGAUGGAGACAGACAGAAGGCUAUGAAACGUUUGCGUGUUCCACCCUUAGGAGCAGCUCAGCCUGUACCAGCCUGGACUACUUUCAGGGUUGGAUUGUUCUGUGGGUUGUUCAUUGCACUGAACGUCACUGUCAUACUUUCAGGUGUGGCUUUUAUAGAUGGACCAAAUGUGUGGCCACUGGUGAGAAUCUAUCGAGGUGGCUUUCUGCUGAUAGAAUUCCUCUUUCUCCUGGGUAUCAACACAUAUGGCUGGAGACAGGCUGGAGUGAAUCACGUCCUCAUCUUUGAACUCAAUCCCCGCAGCAACUUGUCCCAUCAACAUCUUUUUGAGAUUGCUGGUUUCCUGGGGGUUUUGUGGUGCCUGAGCCUGCUGGCAUGUAUAUAUGGUAAAUUCACCUACAUCCCUAUGCAGGUGAAUCCACUCAUCUUGUACGGCUUCAUGUUGCUUUUUCUCAUCAACCCUACCAAAACCUUAUAUUACAAGUCCCGUUUUUGGCUGCUGAAACUAUUGUUUCGAGUGUUCACUGCUCCCUUCCACAAAGUAGGCUUCGCAGAUUUCUGGCUGGCUGAUCAGCUCAACAGCCUGGUCGUGAUACUCAUGGAUCUGGAAUACAUGAUCUGCUUCUACAGCUUUGAGGUUCAGUGGGAGGACAAUGAUGGACUUCUGGCAAAUACAGAUAAUCAGAUUUGUUACAGCUACUCCUACGGAGUGAGAGCAGUUGUCCAGUGCAUCCCUGCUUGGUUGCGAUUCAUCCAGUGCCUGCGCCGUUACCGUGAUAACAAACGGGCCUUUCAUCUGGUUAAUGCUGGAAAAUAUUCCACCACCUUCUUUGUGGUGACAUUUGCAGCCCUCUACAGCACUCACAAAGCUAAAAACCACAGUGACACCCAAGUGUUCUUCUACCUGUGGAUUAUCUUCUAUUUCAUCAGCUCUUGCUAUACCCUCAUUUGGGACCUGAAGAUGGACUGGGGUCUCUUUGACAAAAAUGCUGGUGAAAAUACCUUUCUUCGAGAAGGAAUUGUCUACCCACAGAAAGCAUACUACUACUGUGCCAUUGUAGAAGACGUGAUCCUGCGUUUUGCGUGGACCAUCCAGAUCUCCCUCACUUCCAUGCAAAUCUUCCCGUAUGCUGGGGACAUCAUUUCUACUGUAUUUGCCCCACUUGAGGUAUUCCGGCGGUUUGUGUGGAACUUUUUCCGUCUGGAGAACGAGCACCUGAACAACUGUGGUGAGUUCCGUGCUGUGAGGGACAUCUCUGUGGCACCACUCAACGCUGAUGACCUGACGCUCUUGGAUCAGAUGAUGGACCAGGAAGAUGGUGUACGAAACCGCCGCAAGAACAAACAGUGGAAGCGCAGCCAGAGUGUGUCCUUGCGCAGACCUCGUCUUGCUUCACAGUCCAAGGCUUGUGACACUAAGGUAUUGAUAGAGGACCUAGCGAAUGAAGUGAACACAUGAGAUGGCCACGUUCUCUUAUUCCGCAUCCUUUGUUUUCUCAUUCUGUUCCCCUCUUCCCCAAGUAACCCGAUCUCUGGUACAGUUCCAGCUGAAAACAGGAGAAAACACUGAACACGUUUUCUGAGCUCUUCCAGACCAGAUCCUAUGGACUCCAACAAGCUCACUGUGUUUCGUUUCUUUUUCUUCUGGGUUAAUUUUAAUGUUCUAUUUUAAAAAAAAAUAAAAUAUUUUACUUUGUUUUGCCAAUAAAGAGGACAGUUCAGGAAAGAAGGAUUGUUUACAGUCUCAACAAGGACAUAACAAACCUAUCCGGAUAACGAAGCAUCAUAGGGACUCCCUCAUGGGACAGUGCCAAGAGCACACUCAGUUUCUGCUUGGCCCGGUUUUGACUGGUUGAAACCGGACUUAAGUUUUUAAAUCUGAUUUUUUUGGUUUUUUUUUUUUUUUUUCUUCAUAUCCAGCGCUGAGGCACUGGCUGCACUUGCAGGGAAAGUGCACUUAGAGCAGUAUCUUCAUUCAUGAAGCUACUUUUUAAUUUGAUGUAACUUUUCUUAUAGUUUUUUGGAAAUAUGAUGUAUCUGUUGCAUAUAGUUUUCACAUUAUUUAUGAAACUUAACAACCAUAUGAGAGUGAUUUUGAGUCCUGUGCAAUGAAGGUUGUAACGGUAAAACAAAGCCAGGUAUGUAGAUCUAGAACUCCAGGGUCGUGGGGUUAUGCCCUGCAAAUACCCCUCUCGUGAGACAACUUGCACCUGUGUUUACCUCCUCUCUCUCUCUUUCUUUCUUCUCAAUUUUAUUUUAAACCAAAGUUUCUCUUUCUGAUUUUUUUUUUUAGUUGCUGCUAUUGCUUCUGGGCAUGUCUCUUGUGCCGGUUCAACGCCAGCUUUCCAUGCAGCUGCCUGAAAGUAGUGCAGAUGAUCCUAAGGCCCUUUUCAAAGGAGAGUUGGGUCCCACCAACAGUGCAAAAAGCUAGGCAAACAAAAGCUUCAGAACUUCAUUCUCCAGAUCGAAAAGUAUUUUUCAAAGCCUUAAUAAUCCUUAGGUGGCGUGAGGGCAUCCCAUACCGACCAGGGAGCUUUCCCGGUGUUCUCCUGCAGCCCAGUGCAACAAAAGUGGGACAAGGCAAGGAGGUGACGGUUCCUGUGGGCAGGGCGGGUUUAGCAGGCUGGGGUUCAGGAGUGGUGUUGUGUUGGGGAGCGUGGAAAGGACUGUGUUGUGCCUACCUGAUGGGGAAGGUGAAUUUGAAAACAGGUGGUCUUGUGGCUUCUGGUUUGGCAAAAAGCCUCUGUCCGGUGCUCUCACGGUAUGCUGCCCUGUGGCUUGGCUGUUACUUGUGCCCCUUGCCUUGUCUCGCUAACCCAGUUUGGGAAGUGCGAUACUAUUAAGCAGACUGGGUAGAGGGCAGCUGUAUUGCUGGGGAAAUUAUGUCGGAAGGCUGAGGGCCCUGGGACUGCCGCCUUCCCCUCCGCCCGGCUCACAGGCAGCCGUGGUGCAGAGCUAGGACUGCAAGGGAAGGGUGAAACUCCUGAAGUAGGAUCCUCACACUGAUGCUGUCCAGUGACUUGCCUCUAGUUUGGGCGAUGGAAUUGCAGGAAUCCCUGCUCAGCUGCUGUUUGGUGGUUAUUGGUUUUUAAUUAGCUAAUAGCAUGGUUUCUCACAUGACCAGUAUGUUGCGUUUUCUCAGUUUGCCUGCUGUGCCUCUUGCCCAGAGGAAAUGAAGAAGGAAACUUUCUUCAUUUAAUUAGAAAUAGAUUAAAAUUCAUUGGUGGUGAACCCGUGCCAGGCCAAGGGCAACACUGCAAACCUGUAACUACUUACACUUCUGUGAUGUGCUCUCACCUUAUAAAGAAACUGGGACGGACCUGCCAGGAGAUGCCUCCGCUGUGGCGGCGGUGUGCAUGGUGGAGUGGCUGGUGUGGUGCUCCUUCUCGCAGCUCCUGCAGUGUCGGUCUCCUCCGGCAGGAGGGCAGCUGGGCUAGCAGGGGUUGUGCCAUUCCUCCUGUCGGUGCCCAGGAGCCUGUUUUCCCACAUUUAACUCCCUUAGGUCUGUUGUUCUUUCUUAAACAGAGGGUUCCUGUUCGUAUGGAAGUGGAGUCUGAGAUACAAAGCCCUUAAAAUAUUUCUGUUUCCUAAUUUGCAUUGCAGCAGUUGUUGCCAUGUCCAAACCUUGCGUAGGUGUUUCCAGCGAGAGCAGUGGGAGACGAGUGAAGCCAUACCUACCUAGGAGAGUUUAGAGGAGGGCGGCCCCACCAGGAGGGGCAAUCCAAAAUAAACCAGUGCUGUUACUUAAGCAAGUGCUUCUUUACAAAAAGAAACAGAGCUGACUGGCAGCUCAUCCUUUCAGAGGGAAGGAAAAACAGAGAGAUGUUCUGAAGUGACGCCGGUCCCCUGAGAGCACUCUGCCUUCCUCAGCUGGGCUGGGGAGAGCCAGGCAUGGGCUGGGUGGGUGGCCUGUGCCCUGCCUGCUGCUGCACCCUCCAGCCAGCCGCAUCCCGACCUGGUGGGGAGGGUCAAGUAACUAAAUUCUUAUCCUGUAGUUUACCCAGAUCCUUAGGGGAAGCAAGAAUUCAGUCUGUUCAUCUGCUCUGCUCCCUGCUCUGCUCUUUCCCUUCCCUCUGUCUUUGCUGUCAGGAGAAAUAAUAAAAAGGGGAGGUGGCGUGCUACAGCUAGCAAAUGUUACCUCCUGAAAUAAAUCAUCAUCCCUUUUGGUAGUGAAGAUGCUGUCUUGGGGGGAAAGGAGCCUGAAUUCCUGGAGGCAUGGCCUUUGAAGGCUCCCAGCUCCCUAGCACUGCCUCUGCCUGUUUCUUCCCUCCCAGAGAUUUCUGAGAAAUCAGGCAAGCAGCUUCCUCCUGAGAGCAAGCGCUAAAGCCGGGAUGACUCUGUGUCUGCAAGAACAUCUGGCCAAUAAAGGAAGUCCUAACAAAGCAGAGCAGAUGGUGAGAGAAAAUAGCCCCGUUGCUGCUUGUGAGCAGCCUGCGCAACAGGAGCGAGAGGAGUGGGUGCAGUCCCGGGGCGGCUUCGUUUCACGAGUGGGCUUUGCUAAUGGGUGCUUGGAAACACUCCUGGAGGGAGGACAGCAGGGUGACAAUCCAGAAGUGUGGAGGGCAGAGUUAAAGAGCUGGGGUUCUUGUUAUCCCGUGUUCUAGUUGUUGGGAUGUAGCUGGAUGGAAGGUGGAAGCACAGGUCUGUGCUCUGGCCGCCGUGAAGCUGUGCUGCCUUCCAGGUGUUGAGCUCUACUUCUCCUUGUGAUUUGGUGCACCACAGGCUUGUCAGAGGUUCUGGCUGUGUGCGGCUCUUGAGGAGGGUGCGGGAGCUGCUGUUGUCUGGCUGAAACCCUUGGUCGUGUCUAAGGGGAGGAGAUGCCACAGUGUAGCCGAUGAAUUUUAGAAAUUCUCUUUGGACUAGCUUCUCCAUGCUGAUUGUUGCUGCUCUCCAUCCUUCCUGCACUUCCAGGGGUUUUCAGGUUACAGGGGACGGGGGUAGGAUUUGCAGCAUCCAGAGUUUAUUUGCUAGCUGGAGUUCCCUGUGUGGCUUUGGGACCGUGUCACCAGAAACACCCCCUGCCUGGGGAAGGCAAUGCCGUGUGCUGUGGGUGGGCGCUCCUGACAGGGCAGCAGGGCAGGUUUGGGCUUUAUGGGCUUGGCACGCAGGAGUAGGAGCUGCUCCAUCAAUGGGAGCAAAUGCUGUGCCACCACGUUUUAAAAGAAAUACAUUUGCAGCGCUCAUGUCUGUGGCCCGUAUGUAUCAAACAAGCUCCUACCUCUCAAAUCCAGGCGUGUUCCCAAAGUCAGCUGUUGCUCAUCCUACGUCUUUCCCUGCCCCACUCCCGCCCUCCUUGUUCUGUUGGUGUCAUUGCUGUUUGUCUGAAGCCAAUGGCACACAGGGUGCACGGGGAUGACCGGCAGCAGCAUUCAGUGUGAAAAUCUUGGGGGGAAAGUCUCUUGUGGAGCAGAGUUGGAUCCUGCUGCUUUUACUUCCCAAAGGCCUUCUUGUGCUCCUUGUUCUGCUUCCUCUCCAGUGCUCGGCCACUGCAGCCAUGUGGGAGGCAGGGAGAGAAAGCACAGUCCAGGUUCAGGAGAUAACAAUUCCUGGGGGAUUUUACUACUGAUCUUCCAAGGAACAAGGGAGAUGGCACAAAGCCUUUGAGCUUUGCCUGUAUUUUGAAGAGCCAAAUUAAUUCGGCCUUACGCCACAAGCGUGCUGCUGCACACCGCUUGCUGUGACUCCACCAUGCGCGCCAGGCUUUGGGGGCGUUUGUGGCCCCGAUGUCGGGCCGUCGUGCCCUGUGGGGCACGGCUUGGCUCCCAUUGGGAACACAAAAGCCACUUUGCUCACGUGCUUUGUCCCAGCCCCACGUCCUCCCUCCUCUCCUCCACUGUUCUGCCUCGCACUCGCAGGGGGAAGAUGAUCUUCUGCCUUAAGCAUAGGGUUUUUUAAUUUUAAUUUUUGUUCUAGAAGUGAUUGGAUUGUUUUGUUUCCUUGGAAAAGGGGGGCUGAGGCUUCUGAGAGUGGAAAAUCCCUACGGUAACUCUGCAGCAGUCAUGGCUGUGCUCGGUGGCUGUCACCUCAUCAGACCUUGCCUCCCUUACAUGAUACCAUCCCAAAUACUGCACCGUGGGGUUAAACUGGUGUGUCAGCAUCCCUCGGGAGCUUCAGCCCCUGCUGGGGCACCCUGCUGCAGCAAGGCAAAAGCAGGUUUUGUAGGGAGAGGUGAGGAAAGAGGUGGUAAUACUGGAAGUAUGCGGAUGCUGAUGCCCCAGCCCUGUUCCCGGUGGGAGUCGGAGGCUGCUCUGGCCGCAGCACAGCUGUGUGACGGUGGGCGAGAGGCGCCGACCCUGCCUGGGACGAUGCCCCGUGGCGUGACAGUCCCUCAAGCUCUAGAAACCAAAUUGCAAACUCUUGCUCCAGAGGAGAAAUUGGGCAGCCUGGUGGAACUCGUGACACCCUCCCCGUCCCGUAGGUCCUCCUGGGAAAGGAUCGGUGUUUGGAGGGGGCUCGGGGUGGAAAUGCCAAAGUUCCCCCCCGGGUCCUGCUGCGGCCUUCCUCUCCCCUCCCCACUGUGUUGGUCUAAAUGAACUUUCUAUGAAGCCCUGUAGAUGUCAAAAGUAAUUAUGGAGUGUGAUUAGUCCUCUGUGGGUGCUUUCUUUCUUUCCUCCUCCUUUCUCUUUUGCUAUCCCCUUCUCCACUCUUCUUUUUUGGCUAAGUGGAAAAGGUGAGGACAAAGAAUUGCCGCUUGCUUGGACUCAUGAUGUAUCUGUGACUGCGCUAUUAGCUGUCUCCUCUUUCCUCCCCAAAUGGAUAUAAUUUUUGAAGUGUGGAAUACCCUUCUUGAUAAGUAGGUUUAAAAAAAAAAAAAAUGCACAAUGUGAUACUGUUUCAUAGUUUCUAGGUGGUUGUAUAAAGCAAAGUUACUGUGAUUGUGUUUUUCAAAGGAAAAAGUGAUUGGUUACGAAAUCUGUCCUUUUUUCAUUAUUACAAGCUCUUUGUUUUCCAAUGAUCUGA